AGGUCGGAUAUAAAAGUCAGACCGGGAAAGGAGGAUCAUUAGUUUGUAUUGGUCCGAGGAAACUUUUACCCAGAGGCGGAUUCAGAAGAGAGUUCAAUGUUCAGAAGUGUUUUCCAGUUUGUACUGUACUUAUUCCUGGUAGAUGUGUCCCCACAAGGGACAUACGCAAAGCAGGUGCGAUUUGCCGAUACCCAAGGCUGCCCGUCCGUGGGACUUCCCGCCAACGGCGAGCGCCAAAACAACGUUCUCUACAAGACCAAACCCAUGUUUGUAUUAGACACCCGGAGUGUCAAAGAGGGCUAUCUCCCGGGAAAGUCGUAUUCAUUGUAUGUGAGAGCCCAAGACAGUGAUCGGAAGUUCUCGGACGUUUUGGUCUGGGCUGAAGGAAGUGGGCUAGAGGGUUGUAGCACAGGCAGUUUUGAUACAAACCCAACUUACUACCACCAACCAGAGAACUGCUCUCACUUGGUCACCCGAAACUCCAAAGUUCCAGAGCACACGUUCCUAUUUACCUGGAAAGCGCCACUGUGUGGCUGCGUUACUAUUAGGGCACGCGUGUCCACUGCCACUGCCGAUACGAGUUCUUUUGUAUUAGACGACAUGUCCAAAAAAGAGGGCCAUCUUACCUCACAUAUCUGUCCAAAAGAUGUGCAUCCACUAUUAGCAACCUUAUCCGUUACGGAGAGGAAAGAUCUCUUAUGCCAAGUAAUCGAUGACAUCACAGGAUCUGACGUAGCAACCAGACGAUACGUUCUGAGCAGACGUAAAAUGGAAUAUAACGCUAUGUCACAACUCCAAAAAGAAUCUUGGGAACUCGCUCUUCAUCAAAGAGUUUACAACAUUAAAAAGUGUUGUGGUCUGAAGGGAACAGAGAGAACUGACUGUAUUGGAGACGAGCGUCGACAUCGGCUUGACCGGUUUUGUGCUUAUGGGGAAUCUAUAAUUCCAUUCACAUUCAAGAGACGUGGAUUUAUGGAACAAAGAAGAAAGGAUUGCUGUUGGAAACUAGGCGAACGUCGAUACCACUGUUUUGCAUACGUGCCCAGCGAUGAAGCCAAGAGUGCCGAUAGUCUAUGGAAUGUGAAACAUGUUCAGGAAUUGGACGAAUCUGAUCCAAUCAACGACCUGGAGGACUACGCACCAGAAGUCUUGAAGAAAGUAAAUAUACUAUCAAAACUUCCUGCUUUCGUGAAUGCAUAUGCUGAUAGUGCCAACCCAGUAAUAAGUCACAUAGAACAGAAAGACCACCGGAAGGACUUAAAACUUUCAAAGGAGAUAAACGAUCUUAAAGAAAAGGACUCGAACUCGUUAACAACGACCACAAACCCUACCAAAAUCUCAGCGGUACAGAAAACCACCAUGAAGCCUACCAAAGAUCUCUUACAAACAACCACCGAGUUAUCGCCAACCACCGACUCUGUGACAACAACAGAAACAGACAAGAAAACAACACUCACCAGUGAAGAUUUGCAAAGAAAGAUGAGGAAACUCAAACUUCGCCUUGACUGCUGCGAAUCAGGACGCAAAACAGGAGAGGAUGCAGGUGGCGACCCCUGGGGGAGAUGUACCGAUGGUUCCUAUAAAUACACAAGACAAAUGAGGGGCGGAAGGCGUAAAUGCCGCACUUACUACCUCAAAUGUUGCAUUGAGGAGACUGAAAGUGAUGACGAAAUUUCCGUUGACUCUGAUAACGACAAAGAAGAGGAUGAUGAUGAGGUUGAUGACAAGAAGGGAUCAUCGGCUGUGGAAUCUAAAGAAGAUAAAGACAAUGAUGAAAACAACGAUGACAGUGAAGAUGAUGACGACGACGAUCUAGACGAAUCUAAACCUGUAAAACGACAUAGUCGAAGAAAACAAAAGAAAGGAAAGGCUGGUUUGGGGAGACGUCGGAGGGAGCGGAAAAGGGGGUCCAAGCGUCGCAGAGGCUGAAAGCCCACAUGACCAUCAACUGUGUAUGCUAUUGUGAAGACCAUUUAUUUAAAUGUUCUGGAUGAGGUUGUUGUGCAAGUUUAGGUAGUUCUACCUCUAAAAGAACCGUAGUUAUUUGUCUGAUGUAUGUAUGUGAAGUGUGUUACAAGGUCAAACCUCGCCAUUCUACAGCACUGUUCCAUUUCUAACUGACUCGUUGUGUGUUGCUGACCUGUUCAGACAGUUCUUUCGUAUGUCCUUUAUCAAUGACAAUUUCUAGUGCGUAUAUUGAUCUAUAGGUGCUAGUGUAUGUUUGAAAUUUGUGUUCAUUUCUUCAGAGAUUUUAUACAAGCAUAAUUAUUUUUUAUUUAUUUUCUUUUUUACAAUUUUUUAAAAUAAAUUGUAUUACUAAAUUUUG